AUGGGGGGACACAGGCCCAAAUCAACGGCGCGCAGCCGUCGCGCAAUUGGCGGCGGGGAAAACGGCAAACGGGAGAACGAUGCGGGUAGUCCUAGCAGUAGCAACGGCGACAGCGGCGCCGACAGUAGCGGCGGGGGCAGCAGUCAAACCAGCGACCCUGCUGCGAACGUUCCGGAGGAGUUUCUCUGCCCGCUGUCGCUCGAAAUUAUGAGAGACCCCGUUAUUAUCGCCUCCGGGCAGACAUAUGACCGUGCUUAUAUCGAGCGUUGGUUUUCCGAGGGCCGUUCGUCCUGCCCUAAAACGAGACAGUGCAUCGAGCACACUAAUUUCUGCCCUAAUUUCGCCCUUAGGAGUAUGAUUGCUGAUUGUCCCGCCGCCAAACACGCCGCCGCUGCCGCUACGGCGGCGAGAAAGAUAGAUACUCGCGCAACCGCAACGGCGAAGCAACCGCAGCAACAUAAGCAGGAGCAAAGGGAGCAGAAGAAGCAGAGGGAGCAGAAGCAACAGAUGCGUGAUGGUCACCCGUCCGAAGAACGGGGGGAAGCGGAGGGCGUAGCGGAGGGAAAAGCAGAGGGCAAAGCAGAGCGGCGGAACAGGGCGCGCAGCAAGGACGGUUUCGGGUCCGUGCGCGGAACAACGCACGCGCAAGGGGAGGCGCUGGUAGAGCGGGGGCAGGGGGACGCGGCGGAGAGGAUGAGCGGUUCGCGCAGCGGAAAAGGGGGCGGCGGAGAGUCCGCGGAAGACGAGGAAGGAGCCGCGGUGAAGCUGGGGAAGAAGAAGUCGGGCCCGCGGAGGAAGAAGAGCGCGGGUGCGGAGGAUCUCGCGCGCGGGGAAGUGGAAGGGGGCGGCGUGUCCGGCGAGCGCGCGGACCCUAGCCCGGCGGAGCGGAACUUUGCGGAGGGAGAAGGCGGAGCGGGUUGCCAGGAAGCGGACGGGAGAAGCGGAGGGGCGGAGAAGCGGGAGCAUGCGCACCCGCGCGCGCAUGAGCGCGGGGAGGAUGCGAGGCGGGGGAAGAGGUGGGAGGAGGAGACGCGGAGAGUUGCGGGCGGAGGGGACGGGAGCAGGAGCGGGAAAGAGAGGCGCAGAACGGCGAGCGGGGAAGGGUUGAUUCGCGAGGGGAGCGCCGCGGGGAGGAAAGGUGAGGGCGGCGCGGAGGCGAAGGCGGGUCUAAGGGCAUCUCGCGGCUCGUCAAGCUCGUUCGGAAGGUCUAAGGCGGCUGAUCCGACGGAGCAGCAGCAGCAGCAGCAGCAGCCGUUUCAAGAAGCGCAUCCUCCGCCGGAUAUUGCGGCCAUAGCCGCUGCCGCCGUCGCCGCAGUAGACGCCGCGCAAUCCGCCGCAAGUCCCGCCGGUGGCCCAUCCGCUACUGAAGGCGCAGCCGCGCCCGCUCAGAGGCGGAAACCGUUGCGCACGACUAGUUCCAUGGGGGGAAAAAGCGCGCGGAAGAGCAACGGCAUCCCGACCGGCAGUUUUAACGGUCAGGAUGCAUUCGACGGUUUGCCGACGGAUAGCCGUCAGAAGCAGGCGAAAGAGCGGAGGGAGCGCGGAUCGCGGGAGGGGCUGGGGAGCGCGCUGCUUUCCCGCACGCGCAGCAGCUUCCCCGCGCCGGGGAACCAGGGUCUGGCGGAGGUGCUGGGGGAGGCGGAACACUGGCGGAACGCGGAGAGCGCGGAGCGUGGGGCGGCGCAACCGGCGGCGCAGGCCGGCAGCAGCAGGCGGAGAGUAACGUUCGGAGAGGUGACCGGAAUAUGGGAGGAGGCGGAAGGGGGCGGGAAGGCGGAAGGAGAAGCCGCGGGGAAGGAGGGGAAGGGGAAGAGCGGGGGGAAAGCGGGCGGAAGAGGAGUGGGGUUGCGCCGAGCAGCAGCGGGGAGCGUGAAGCUGACGCGGCGGGAGAAGGAGGAGGUGAUGGGGGGACUGGCGAUGGGCGGAGUAGGUGGGGGGGGACCGGACAGCGGUGGGGGCUCGCAGGGUGUGAUAAGCAGCAAGGGCACUCGUCGCAGCAGGAACGGUAGCAGAGAUGGCGGCGGGAAAGACGGCGGGAGCGGUGGGGAUGUGCGAGAUGAGGGGAUUGGCCGAGGGGCGGAGGAGGGGGCGAAGGAAAAGCGCGAGAAGGAAGGGCGCGAGAAAAAGGCGAAGGAGAAACGAAGAGCGGGGGAGAAGGGGGGCGGAACCGCGCGCGUGGGAGAGGAGUUGCGGGAGGAAGGGGAGAGGGAAGCGGAUGUCCUUGGAUGGAGGGAUGGGGGAAAUGGGAUGGAUGGUGGAGGGAGAGGAGGAGGAGGAGGGAGAACGGAAGAGGAAGAGGGAGGAAGAGGGGAUGGGAGUGGGAAUGCGGAUGGGGAGGAGGAAGAGGGUGUGAGGGAGGCGGAGUGGGAGAGGGAGAGGGAGCGAGUGCGGGAGGGGAUGGAGCAUGUUCGGAGCAAUUCGUGUAACAGCAGGCACCCUUUGGCUGGCGCAGGGGGAGGCGGAGGCGGAGGGGGAGGGGGAGGCGGAGGAGGGGUGUUUGAGUGGGGGUCUCAGCGGGGGAGGGGCAUGGGCGCAAUCGCAGACGCUGCUGUUGCUGCUGUGGAGAGACGCGCAGGGAGCUUCACAGAAGGAAGCACAGGAAGGGCAGGAGGAGGAGGAGGAGGAGGAGGAGGAGCAGGAGGAGGGGGAGGCGGGGGGAUGGGGGGAGUGGCGGCAGUGAGGGAGGACUGUUCAGGGAGAAAGGCGAAAGGGGGUAUGGGAGGUAUAGGAGGUAUCGGAGGGGCGGUGAGUCACGGGCUUGGGCUGGCACGGUCCAAGUCGGCUCUUCCUCCCGGUCUGCUGCACGUGUUUGGCAAUGCGCUGGGCCGAGUGGCUGAUGCUUCCCCCGGCGGCGCUGGGGGGAGGCGCGGCGGGAAGAAGGAGUGUGCGGCGGGGCGUGGUGAAGGGGGGAGUGGACGCGCAGGGGGGGCGGGGGAGGGAGCGGGAGGGGGAGCGGGAGGAGGAGCGGCAGGAGGGGAAGGGGUAGUGAAGGUAGGGGAUGGAAGGGCGGAGCAGGGUUUGGAGUUUGGUGGUGCAUGCAUGAUUGCAGGUGGUGCUUAUACGGGUGGUAACCGCAGUGGGUACUUGGGUCACAUGCGCAACGAGAGCCUCAUGUGGACGCCCGAGAUCGACGCUGCAGCAGCCGGCGUUGUUGCCGGCAGCGCCGUCUCCUUCGCCGCCGCUGCUUCCGCCUUUGCUGCCGCCUCCGCUGCUUCGUCGUCUGCCAAUGCUUCUCCCUUCCACCGUGCUCCACCGUCGAUGGGUUUCGGGUCACAGCAAGCAGCAGCAGCAACAGCAGCAGCAGCAGCAGCAUCCAUGGGAAAGUACGCACCACUUGCCGAUGCGCUGUCCUCAGGCAGCAGCAGCACGGAGAAGAUCUGUGCUGCCCGGAGCAUCCGCGCCAUGGUGAAAGCCCGGGGCGCCGGCGAGAGCAGGGAGGAGCGCAGAGCCUUCCUGGAGGCAGGCGUGUUGGAAGCCCUGAUAGCCGCCUUGGCCACACACACCGACGAGUGGGAGAGCGGGCGAGCAGCAGGAGGAGUGGCAGCAGCAGCGGCAGCAGCGGCAGGAGAGGAAGAGGCGGUGGUGGAGAACGUGAUGAACGCGCUGCUCGCGCUGCUGCUCCACUGGAACGCGGGCCCGGAGGUGGUCUUAGCGGGAGGCAUCCCCUCCCUCGUCUCCGUCCUUCACCAUGCGACUCCCGCAGCGCAGGCAACAGCAGCGGCAGCACUCUACGUUCUCGCCAAGGACGACGAGAACCGGUCCCUCGUGCGCACGGGAGGGGCCAUCCCCCCGCUCGUGCGCGUCAUGGCGACCGGGUCCGCGCGCGGGCGGAAAGACGCCGCUCUCGCGCUCUUCGCGCUGUCCCUCUCCGUGCGGUGCGCGCGGGAUAUCGUCGCCGCGGGCGCCAUCCCGCUGCUGCUGAGCCUCGUGGGACAAGACGAGGACGAGGGAGGAGGAGGGCUCCCCGGGAUGGAGGAGAAGGCGGCUGCAGUGCUGCUGAACCUCUCCCGGCUUCCGGAGGCGUGUGAGGAGAUAGCAGCGCAGGAGGGCGGGAUGGGCGUGGCGCAUCUGAUUGAUUUGCUGGACGCGGGGGCGUGCCAGAGGAGCAAGGAGGAUGCGGCGGGCGUGCUGCUGGCCAUGCUGCAGUGUGAGGUGGCGACGGUGGAGGCAUUAAGAGCGGAAGGGGCGAUUCCGUCGCUCGUGCGGAUUGUCGGGGGGAGCGGCGAGGAGGGAAGUGCACCAGAGGCAAAGGAGCUGCUGCAGCGAUUGAGGCAGGGGUGA